GAAAGACCGCACGGCGUAAAACCCCUUCGGUCGGAUUCUGAGCGGCCGAGAAGCGCGCCAAAACUAGCGACUUCGCCACCAUGCAACCGCCGCGGAAGAGGGCACGACAGGACGGACAAGACGCGGAGAUGCCGCCGGAACUGGAAGACCGACCGGAGGAGCUGUUCAAGGAUGGAUCCGACAUCUGCCAGCAGCUCAUGGACCGGUAUGCCAAGUCGUCCGCUCCCCAGCACCGACAUCUCAUCGCCACUGCCGCCGCCACUCGCGCUAUCCUCUCCGCUGAGUCCCUCCCAUUCACCCCCUCUUCCUACUUCGCUGCUGCCAUGGCCAACCUGGAGAAUGCUUCUUCUUCCACGAAAGCGCUGAGCUCCACUGAGACUGCCGCGCUGAUGUCUUUCCUUGUGAUAGUGAUUGCGGCGGUUCCGCCGCGAGGGAUCGUGACCCCAAGAGCGAGGGAAGCGGUGGAGGUGCUGGUGAGGCUGGUGGGAAAGCAGGAUGGAGAGGAGACGUUGGGAGUUUCAACGGUGAGGUCGGCGGUGAAGUGUCUGGGGAUUUUAUUAGGGUUCUGUGAUGUCGAGGAUUGGAAUUCUGUGAAUUUGGGGUUCGAGACAUUGCUGAAGUUCUCCGUGGAUAAGCGUCCGAAGGUCCGCCGUUGUGCUCAAGAAUGUCUUGAAAAUUCUUUUAAGCUUCUUCGAUCGCCCGCUGCUGUAAAGAAAGCGAGCAAGUUGGUCAUUUCAUCGUUCAAAAAUUACAUUCCUUUGGCCGAUACAUUGAGUUCUACUCCUGUUGCUGAUGAACCUAAAGAUGAAUCACCUUCAAAAUCCGAACACGUCGAAGUGCUGCAUAUGUUAAAUGUAGUGAGAUUUACACUUCCAUCUCUCUCAGCGGAAGCCAGACUGAAGAUUUUUCUGGAAGUGCAUAAAUUUAUGAGUUCCCAGUUCUCGAUACUUACAAGGCACAUUCUUAAAAUCAUUGAAGCUUUUCUCGAAAUUCCAAAAGCCGGAGAUGCUCUUCAAGAGUCGGAAGAUAUCAUUGUUUCUCUUUGUUCAUACGUGUCUUCAAAUGGCAAUCCUGUAGACACUGUUAUAUCAGCUGCAAACUUGUUAAAAGCUGCUAUGGAUAAGCUUCAGAUAGAAGGAUCUGAAUUAAGGAUGAAGAACCUGCCAACUGUCUGUCGCUCGUUAGCAGGUCUUUUGACUUCCGAGUCUGACACUGCAUCACAGGCUUCUCAUAUUUUCAAGGAGCUGAUCACUCACCACAUAGAUGAGAAAACACUCCCAAACGAUAGUCAGCUAUCCGAAGGUGAAGAUGAAAGUACUUGGAGUUCAGAAGCUAGGGCAGGAAAGGCGAUGUGUGCUGCCCUGGACAAUGUCCUUGAGACAUGUAAAGGCAUUCCCAAUGAGCAUAUUCUUGCAAUAAUAUCUGCCCUCUUCCUCAAAUUGGGAGGGUGCUCAUAUACUUGUAUGAAGAGUAUUCUAUUUAAACUUGCUGACUUGAUGAUACAUGGUAGUGGAGAUGCAUCUGGAACAGAUCUUCUUCGGAGGUGUAUUGGAUCUGCGGUGAUUGCUAUUGGCCCUGAGAAGAUGCUUACUUUGUUUCCAAUUUCUCUUCAUGAUAAGGAUUUCAGCUACACCAAUUUUUGGUUGGUUCCUAUCUUAAAAGACCAUGUGAUUGGAUCAUCACUUAAUUAUUACAUGGAGCAUAUCGUACCACUUGCCAAAUCUUUUCAGCAGGCUAGUCGUAAAGUUGGGAAGUCAGAGCUUGGUAAAGAUCUGAAGAAUCGUGCCCACGACCUCUGGAAACUGCUAACUGCCUUCUGCCGGCACCCGGCUGAUACUUAUAAACAGUUCCCUCGCUUGGCUGAACUUUUAGCUGCUCUUCUUAGGAAAUAUGCUUUUAUUCGAGAGAGUGUGGCUCUUGCUUUAAAGGUCCUUGUGAAUGAGAAUAGAAGCAUACUUGGCUCUAAAAAGGGCCUGGAGCAAAGUACCUUUAGCGAUGAGUUUAUGGUGGAGUUUCAGAAUCUUCAGCCACAUUCAACUAAAACAGCAACAAAAAACAUGAAGGCUCUAUCAUCAUCCUCUAUCGAGUUACUCCAGAUUCUGUCGGAUUUAUUUAUCAAUUCAUUCCCUGGGAAGAGGUCACUUUUGAAGGAUGCCAUUGGCUGCUUGGCCUGCAUUGUUGAUUCAUCUGUGACAAAAGAAAUCUUUACAUCCUCACUUAAGAAGUUUGACUUUCUAACAAGUGGAGGUGAACUUCAGAGGUUAACUGAUUCAGAUGCAUUGCCAGAUGAUGAACAAGGAGUUAUGAUUCCUUCAGAGAAAUAUAGAAAAAGGUUUGUGAUAAUGGAGCUUGCGUCAUGUUUCGUUGAAGGAGCAAAUCAGGAACUUAUCGAAUCAAUUUUUGACUUUGUUAAGCAAACUUUUCAGGAAACCAACGACUUAGGCCAUGGUGAAGCAUAUCAUGCCUUGAGAAAAAUUUUAGAGGAACAUGAGUGGUUUCGUUCAUCCCAUUAUGGGGAGUUGCUCGAUGUACUGCUUUGUCUGAAAACUCCAACUGAUGCUACAAUCCUGAAUGGUCGCUUUGCUUGUUUUCACAUUCUUAUGGUUCAUACCUUAGAGAUGAAUUUGGAGGAGGAGAAUAGCAAGGCUUUUCUCAUUCUCAAUGAGAUCAUUCUCACCUUGAAGGAUGCAAAAGAGGAGGCAAGAAAGGAAGCUUAUGAUAUACUUCUAGUGAUAAGUUCCAGCUUGAGAAACAGAUCAUCUGUUAUUUCUGACUCCCUUUAUCAUAAAUUGAUCAGUAUGAUAAUGGGCUACCUUUCCGGUUCAUCUCCUCACAUAACCAGUGGAGCAGUUUCUGCAUUGUCUGUAAUGUUGUACAAGGACACUGAUAUGUGUCUUUCAGUACCAGACCUUGUUCCUUCUAUACUUUCUUUGCUUCAAAGCAAGGCAGUGGAGGUUGUAAAAGCUGUUCUGGGAUUUGUGAAGGUUCUGGUCUCUUGCAUGCCCACAAAAGACCUUCAAAAUCUGCUAAAUGAAGUUGUUCCUAGUAUCAUUCCAUGGUCAUCUGUAUCGAGGCAUCACUUUAGAUCAAAGGUGACAGUGAUUCUGGAGAUCAUUAUCAGGAAGUGUGGUUUUGCAGCCAUUGGAUCGGUCAUUCCGGAGAAAUACAAGGGAUUUCUUAAGACGGUCUCGGAGAAUCGAAAUAACAAAACUUCAAAGGAAACUGGCACUGGUGAUACUGAGACAGCUUCUGCUGAUUUACGCACCUCCGGGCCACAGAAGAGGAGACACAACAAACUGGGUCAUUCACGCGAGGGAGAUGGUUUGGUGGAACAUAAAAGAAGAAAAAGAGAGAGGAAAGAUGACAACAAUACCCUUCAUUCCAAAGUUAGCCGAGGAGGUGCACCGAGAGGGUUUGAAAAAGUCGGGAAUAAUGAAAGUGGGAGGAGCGGCAACAGGAACUUUCGAGGAGCCAUCAGUGGGCAGAAUGGGAAGAGGAAGCCAGGAGACAUGCAUAAGAAGCAGCAGCUUGAAGGAAAGGGAAAGGGAAAGGGUCUUCCUGCAUCCAUAUCACACAAACGGAAGAAGUUUGGUCGGAAUCAACAAAAGAAGUGAUGGAGUAUUGGAUACUUCCGUUAGGUGUUUAGAAAAACCAUUCGGGGUGUGAGGGCUUUGUGGUGGAAUUUCUGCAUUUCACUGGGAACAAAUGUAUGGCUCGAAUGCAAAACCGAGCUGUAUGAGCUAGGAGAUAACAGUUUUGGUCAUCUAGUAGUUAGGAUACGAUACCUCGCUACAAAAGAGAGGUUGGUUCUCAGAGGAGCCUCUUGACUCAAUUUUGGAAGGGCUAGUCGAUGAUUCGAUUUUCAGUUUUGGGCAUGUAAUAUAGUUCUUUCAUCGGCUCGUUCAUUUACCAUGAGCAUCAAGCGUCAAUUGUCUAGUAUACCUCGUGCUAAUGUUAAUGUGAUAUUUAACCUUCAAAUGUGAGGACUCAA